AUGGCCGCACAAGUCGAUAUUAGUGGCGGAUGUGUCUCGCUAUACAGUUACUCUGCCAAUUAAUUUACCAACAAAAUAUCCAAAAUAAAUUCAACAAAACAAAAGAAAUCAAACAAUAAACUCAUCUCAAGUGCAUUUUUAAAUCAUAAUCGCAUCUAAUCAAUUGAAAUAAUCCAGAAUUUGUCAUUAGAAAUACGAAGGAGAAGAAAAAUUCAGAUAAAUUUCCAAUAGAAAGAAAAAAGACACCAAGUGUAUGUCGAUUGUCGAGUGUGUGUAUGCAUGAUUAUUGUGAAUGAAUAUAGUGUACGUACGUAGAGCCGAACCGAGCAGAACAGCAGCCAACCUAGCGAACGGGUAGCUUCUUGUUCGAACUUCGAAAAAAAUAAAAUUAAUUCGCCACUCUCGUACUCGUAUGACAAAAUGGCGUCCAAGAUGAAAAGUUGAAAGACCAUUGAAAAUUUUUGCUUUGUUGGAGAUUUUUCUAAUUUUCAAAAUUUAACAAAUCAAAAGUGCAUAAAAGUUAAUGAAAAUAAUUGCAAAUCAAACAAUUAAUUGUGUUCUAUCAAUUUAAUUGACUUUUUCUUGAAUGUUUAAUGUCUGCGAUAAGGAAAAUUGAUUUUCCUCAAUUAUAUCAUGAGCCAGGAAAACGAUGAAUCCUUCAAUAGUGUUGGAUCGGAGGAAAACGAUGAUAACCGUGGAAACAACAACUUGUCGGCAAGUAGCAGCUCUUCCGGAUCAGAUAGUGACUCGGAUAGUUCAUCGUCCAGUUCAGGGGGGUCUAGUGAUCGAAGUUCAAGAGGAAGAAGAUCUCCAGUGGUUGCUGAUGCUCCCAACGACAAUGCCGAGUCGGAAGCACCAACAACUCAUCAUCCUAAAUCCUCUCACAAUGACGACGAACAAGACGGCCAAGAUGGCAAUGGCAUGGAAAGCAAUCAGCAGCAAGAGCUGGAACAGGAGCAAGAUGACACCAAGACCAAUGGCUUCUCGGGAGAUGAUUCUGAUGACUCGGAAGAAGAGAAUACAGCGGUAAACGGCGGUGCCAAGGAUACGUCGCAUUCAAAUGAAUCUGACGACGAUGAUGAUGAAGAUGACAAUGGCGAUCAAGGAGACAAAGAAAGUGACGACGAAGAUAAUGCCGACCGAGAUGAUGGCAGCGACAAAGAAGAUGAUAACACUGUCAACAAUAAUGUCUCCUAUGAUUCAUCCGGAUCAGAGAAGUCAGAGGAGAAGUCUUCCUCGGAAAAGUCGAGUAGUAGUGAAGAUGAAGAGGACUAUCGACCCAAGAAGCCAGCUCGAGUGGCAAGGAAACCUGCUGCGACGAGUUCCAGUUUGCCUUCCAAGAAAACCAAAAAGAAGAAACAAAAUUGGGAAUCGGAGAGCAGUGACAGUGAGGAUGAUAGUGAUCAUAGCUCAGGGAAAAGGAAUCACAAUAACAAUCGUAAGCAGAAGAAAAGGAAGAAUCACUAUUCCACAGAUGACAGUGAAGAUGAUGCUAAAAGAUCUGGCACUCGUCGAGCUGCAGCAGCAGUUAGCUAUAAGGAAGCUAGCGAAGAUGAAAAAACCGAUUCGGAGGAUUUGCUCGAAGUUGAAUAUGGUGACGAUACCAUUUCAGCUUUGGAGGCAAAUGUCGAAGAGGAGAAAUGUGAAACAAUCGAAAGGAUUGUGGCAAGGAGAAUUGGAAAGAAAGGAGUCACAGGUAAUCCGACCACCAUUUAUGCAAUCGAAGAGAAUGGCGAUCCCAAUGAGGGUGUGAACGAGGAUGAUUCCGAAAACACUGAGGUGCAAUAUUAUAUCAAAUGGAAAGGCUGGUCAUAUAUACACAAUACCUGGGAGUCGGAGAUGUCGUUGCACGAGCAGAAAGUCAAAGGUAUGAAGAAGUUGGAUAAUUUCAUAAAACGCGAGCAGGAUAUCGACUAUUGGCGGAAGUAUGCUGGUCCGGAGGACAUAGAUUAUUUUGAGUGUCAGCUGGAGUUGCAGAAUGAUCUGCUGAAGAGCUACAACAAUAUCGAUAGGAUUAUUGCGAAGAAUGAGAAGCCCGACGGGACGAGCGAAUAUCUAUGCAAGUGGCAAUCUUUGCCGUAUGCGGAGGCGACCUGGGAGGAUGGAAGUUUGGUGAUGAAGAAGUGGCAACAGACAGCUCAAGAGUUUACCGAUCGUGAGUUGUCGAAGUGUUCGCCAUCGCGGCAUUGUAAGGUCCUGCGGAACCGGCCGAAGUUCUAUAAGAUGAAAUCUCAGCCGGAUUAUCUUGCAGAGGGGUUGGUUCUGCGGGAUUACCAGAUGGAUGGUGUGAAUUGGCUGAUUCACUCGUGGUGUAAGGAGAAUUCAGUGAUUUUGGCAGACGAAAUGGGUCUGGGGAAGACGAUUCAAACGAUAUGUUUCCUUUACUCGCUGUUCAAGGGCCACCAUUUGUAUGGGCCAUUUUUGUGUGUUGUCCCGCUGAGUACAAUGACGGCGUGGCAGAGAGAGUUCAUUCUCUGGGCGCCUGAUAUGAACGUAGUGACCUAUCUGGGCGAUGUAAAGUCUAGGGAAAUGAUCCGGCAGUACGAGUGGCAGUUCGAUGGUUCGAAAAGGCUCAAAUUCAACACAAUCCUAACCACAUAUGAGAUUGUCCUUAAAGACAAAGCAUUUCUGGGGAGUCUGCAGUGGGCAGCGCUGUUAGUGGACGAGGCGCAUCGUCUCAAAAACGAUGACUCACUACUGUACAAGAGUCUCAAGGAGUUUGAGACAAAUCAUCGGCUGCUGAUCACAGGCACACCGCUGCAGAAUUCUCUAAAGGAGCUGUGGGCCCUUCUGCAUUUUAUCAUGCCACAAAAGUUCGACACAUGGGAGAACUUCGAGAUCGAGCAUGGCAACGCUGCUGACAAAGGGUAUACCAAGCUGCACGAGCAGCUUGAGCCAUACAUCCUGCGGAGGGUGAAGAAAGACGUCGAGAAGAGUCUGCCAGCGAAGGUGGAGCAGAUUUUGCGAGUGGAAAUGACUUCGAUGCAGAAGCAAUACUACAAAUGGAUUCUCACGAAAAAUUUCAAUGCCUUGCGCAAGGGCACCAAGGGCUCUACCAGUACCUUCCUCAAUAUUGUGAUUGAGCUGAAGAAAUGUUGCAAUCAUGCAGCCCUGAUACGCCCCUCGGAAUUCGAGUUGGCUGGUUUAGUGCAAGACGAAGCAUUGCAGACGCUUCUCAAGGGUUCCGGCAAGCUGGUUCUGCUCGAUAAGCUGCUUUGUCGCUUGAAGGAAACCGGUCACAGGGUGCUGAUCUUCUCCCAGAUGGUCCGGAUGCUGGACAUUUUGGCCGAUUACCUGCAGAAGAGGCACUUUUCAUUCCAACGUUUGGACGGCAGUAUUAAGGGUGAAAUGCGUCGUCAAGCACUCGAUCAUUUCAAUGCCGAGAACAGUACUGAUUUUUGUUUCCUCCUGUCGACUCGGGCCGGAGGAUUGGGUAUUAACUUAGCAACCGCUGAUACUGUGAUUAUUUUCGAUUCCGAUUGGAAUCCGCAGAACGAUUUGCAAGCUCAAGCGAGAGCUCAUCGAAUCGGUCAAAAAAAUCAGGUUAACAUUUAUCGACUUGUUACGGCGCGCUCAGUUGAAGAGAAUAUCGUGGAACGAGCGAAGCAGAAGAUGGUCCUGGAUCAUUUGGUUAUCCAGCGAAUGGAUACAACAGGCAGGACAGUCUUGGACAAAAACAGCUCGUCGACGAGUACUCCUUUUAAUAAGGAUGAUUUGUCGGCGAUAUUGAAGUUCGGUGCGGAGGAGUUGUUUAAAGACGAACAGGAAAACGACGACGAUUUGGUUUGUGAUAUCGAUGAGAUUUUGCGACGUGCCGAAACCCGCAACGAGGAUCCCGAGAUGCCAGGUGAUGACCUGUUGUCUGCGUUCAAGGUGGCGAGUAUUGUUUCGUUCGAGGAGGAACCCGACACGACAACGAUAGAUGCUAAUGCCGAUGCCAACAACGAAGAUACAAAAGACUGGGACGACAUUAUUCCCGAAGACUUCCGGCACACGAUACAGAGUGAAGAGCGAAACAAGGAAAUGGAGGAUCUCUAUCUGCCGCCACGUCGCAAAGUGGCCAUGAAUGCUGGCGAUACGCCGCGCCAACGGAAAAACAGUAAGAAGGAUGAUUCCGAAACGGACGAGGGCAGUGAUGCGAGUGGCGAUGAUCGCCCGAAAAAGAGAGGACGUCCUCCGGUGAAGGAGAAGAUCGUAGGCUUCACCGAUGCAGAAUUGAGGCGAUUCAUUAAGAGCUACAAGAAAUUCCCCUCACCACUCGACCGAUUAGAGGCAAUAGCAUGUGAUGCAGAAUUGCAAGAGAAGCCUUUAGCUGAGCUGAAGCGGAUCGGGCAAAUGCUGCACGAUAGGUGUGUACAAUUCCUCGAGGAGCACAAAGAUGGCGAUAUGCCAAAACCUGUUCCGGCUGGUGAAGAGGCGGGGAAGAAAAAGAGUCGAACCACGUAUUCGUUGAAAUUCGGCGGUGUCUCAUUAAACGCAAAGACUUUGCUGUCAUGUGAGGAGGAGCUUAAGCCAUUGAACACGGUAAUUCCAGUUGCAGCGCAGGAACGUCUAACGUGGCAAUUGGACCUGAAGACACGUCCGGCGAACUUUGACGUCGAAUGGGCGAAAGAGGAUGAUUCAAGACUUUUGUGUGGAAUCUAUCAAUACGGAAUCGGUUCGUGGGAAGCAAUGAAGAUGGAUCCAUCUUUGAAUCUCACCGAGAAAAUUCUUCCCAACGACACAAAGAAACCACAAGCCAAGCAUUUACAAUCGAGAGCUGAAUACCUGCUUAAAAUAAUCAAAAAGAACGUUGAAUUGAAGAAAGGUGUAACGCGUCAAAAGCGAACGCGCAAACCCAAAGAGCCCAAAGCAGAUGUCAAGAAAUCCAAUUCGGAGUCGAAUGCAGCUGAAGACGUGUCACUUGGUGGUGCCCCCGAAACAGAAAAGAAGCAAAAGACUAAAGAACCUGUGGGGACUACUGAUACGCCCGAUACACCAGGCAAGACUGUGACCGCUCCAUCUGCGUCUGAGGAGACAACGACAAAGAAGACGCGAACAAAGCGAGCCAACAAAGAGCAGAAAAAGUCGAAAAAGAAAGACUCGGAGAAUAAGCCGAUGCAUUUUACAGCGAAUAAUGAACCACGGGCGCUCGAAGUGCUCGGAGACCUUGAUCCGAAUAUAUUUAACGAGUGCAAAGAAAAGAUGCGACCUGUGAAAAAAGCCCUCAAAGCUCUGGAUCGACCUGACUCAACGCUAUCCAAUCAAGAGCAGGUCAACCACACCCGUGAAUGUUUGCUCAGCAUAGGCAAACAGAUUGAUGUGUGUUUGAAUGAGUACAAGGAUCCAGACAAGAUAAAAGAGUGGCGAAGCAACUUAUGGUAUUUCGUAUCGAAAUUCACAGAGUUCGAUGCGAAAAAACUAUUCAAACUUUACAAGCACGCUUUGAAACUGAGCGAAGACAGUGGCAAGAAGAAGAAGGCAGCAGCAGCGGCGGCCACGGCGACAACUGCAGCGGCGAGUAGUGCUGGUGGUAGUACGUCCAAGGAGCAAGAUCAAAAUGGAAAAUCAUCGACAAAGUCGGCCAAGUCAUCAAGCAAGCGAAAGAAAAAGGAAAAAGAUAAAGAAGCAAAUGAGGCAGCUGCAAAGUUGGAUGCUGCAGCGGUAAAAGAUAAAAAAAAUCGUGCAGCCGCUGCAGCUGCAGUAGCAUCAGCAAUGGCCCUAAGCACCUCAUUGAAUUCUCAAGAUUCCCCACCAAAGCGAAAGCGAGGAGAUAGCGAGGGUGAUUCGAAGAAUUUCAAACGAGCCAACAUUGAAGGAAGAAAUCGAGAAAGUCGCGAAAAAGACGAACGCAAAAAACGCGAUGAUUACUUUGGCUCCGGAUCGAAUAAUCCCGAAACACCAAAUCGUGAUCGAAGAAAUUCUAUUACGUCUCCAACAACACCAAAUAAUCGAACACAUCCCGGUUCAAGUCAACGAAUGCCUGGCGGUUAUUCCGAUGGCCGUACCAAUUCGCCGUAUGUCGAAUCCGAUCGAUGGAAUCCCAGAGAGAGGUACAACAGUGGCGGUGAAUUUAAAAGAGGAGGUGGUGAACGUUAUGAUGGUUACAGUGGUCGAAAUAGUCAUGGUCAUGGCUAUCACAGAGAUAAUCGAGAUCGAGAUAGAGAUCGCGAUAGAAGACCUGAAAAAAGAAGAUAUCAACCACCUCAUCCGCAAGCACAACUCAACUAUCCUGGUCAUUAUAUGCCACAGAACUAUUACAUGGCCAAUGGCGUUCCUCAACCAAAUGUACCACCACAUGGCUACCGAGACAGCAGAUGUCCCCCGCAACCUAAUGACUGGCCGCGAGACUACCCACCGGAUUAUCGUCGCGGUGGAGGCGGCAGUGCCAGUGAUUAUGACAGACGUCCUCCUCCGACAUAAUUAAACUCUGCCUUUAUCCCAUCAACAUCCUUUUCCCUCACAAACUCUCAUCCUCUCAUCAUAAACAAACAAACCUUUUGCAUAGUUACUAUUUAAUAUUUCUUAAUGCAUAAACAAUUUAACUAUAUAAAAAAGUGAAAAACAAAAAAAGAAAUGUCCAAAUUGGAACAAGAUUAUUUAAUUUAAAUUUAUUUAGUUUAUAACAAAAGUUUUAAGGGUCUCUAAACAAACAAUUUCACUCACUAUAACACACAACAGGCGUAUCAUACAUUAUUUAUACUGUCUUGCCUGUCUGGCUAGCCCUAUCUUUAGAGGAACACCAAUUUUAAGAUUAUAUAUUACUUGUGUACAAAAGAAGAUAAAUUAAAACAAAAUUAUUAUGUACAUUUUUUUUCUAAAGUGAAUAAUAACGGUAGUCUGAGUAAAAUAUUCAAAACAAAAAAAAGAACAUAAAUGAACAAACAUUUAAUCACAUUAUUUAUAUAAAUAAACAACAAAAAUAAUUAACAAUUUAAGAGUAUUAACUUUUAUUUACCGUUUAGUGUUAAUAAUUAUUUAAUUUUAUUUUACAAAAACAAACAAAACAUUAUUAAAAUCUUAGACAAAAAAUAAAGAAAAGAAAAAAACAAAUUUCUGUGUUUUUCUUUUCCCAAAUCAGAAAAACAUUGAUUUUUAAUUUUUGUUUUUCUUUCUUGGUUUUUAAAUAUUUAUCAUCUUCCUCCUUCUCCUUGGUAUAUCUCUAUUUAAUUAGAUUUAUUAUUAUUUUUUUACUUAAGUAAAGUAGCCGCAUUUCUUCUACUAAAUUUUAGAAAACAACUCAAAUGAAAUAAAAUGUAUGUAUAUGUACUUAAAAAAUGUGCUUAAACAAAUAUAACAUUACAAAAUAUUAAAAAAAAAAAACACACAAAAAACAUAAUAAUAUGAAAUUUCCUUUUAUAUUGAAGAUGAUAUGAUAAAUUAAAUAUUUAAAACAAUCGACAGAAUAAGCUCGUAAAUUAUAUUUGAAAAAAAAACACAAUCGUAUAUCGAAGGAAGUGACAAUUGUGGCCAAGAAAAAGGCAUUAACACGGUGUAAUCUAAUUAAAUUGUAUUUUUCUAAUUUAGUUUUGUUUGUUUUUUUUUUU